AUGGAAGUCGUCAACGUCCCUCCAAUUGUGUCUACCUAUCGACAGGCCUUGCACACUUUCGAUGACAAACAUAAAAAUGAUUUACCGACCAACUUGAAUAACUUAAAGCGUAUGAUGGAUUUAUUAAAAGCAGAAGAUCUGGGCUUCGACAAAACUUUGCAGAAUCCUGAGACGUGGAAGAAACCCAACAAGGCCCCAUGUACGUAUAUAGAAGUGUUUCAAAAUAGUCAGAUAAAUAUGAGUAUUUUCGUGCUGCAGCCGGGUUUCAAGAUGCCUCUUCAUGAUCACCCACACAUGCACGGGCUUCUCAAAGUCAUAUCAGGUGCUGUUAAUAUAAGGGCUUUCACUGAGUUUCCGCUGAAGGAAGCGGUUAAAGUUAUCGACUUUCAAACUCGCGCGAAACACGAAGCAGCGAGGCUCGCACAAGGUAUCCAUAAAAAACGAAGAUUGUUUGCGGAAAUAACCAAUGAUCGUGUUUGUAAAGAGAAUUCCGAAACCUGUAUGUUAACGCCGACAAUAUCAAAUUAUCACGAAAUAGAAGCCCUUGAUAUGCCAGCAGCAUUUUUCGAUAUUCUUUCCCCACCUUACGACACCCUAAUAGAGGCAAUAGGCCCAAGGAGAUGUCGUUACUACCAUGUAGCUAAUACAAUAAGCUCUAAUUUAGUUGAAUUACAAGAAACUGAAGUGCCAAAAUGUUUUUAUUGUGAUCAGUCACCAUACUUAGGGCCAACACUUGGUUAG